GGACGCCGGCGCGGCCCCCGGCGGCUCCAGCGGCAGUCUGCUGUCCAGUCGUGCGGGCGGGUGCAGCGCAUGGCGCCAGGAGAUCCUGGAUGCCGUCCUCGACGUUGCCGGCGGGGGCGAGGACGAUAGUGAUGGCGGGGGCCACCGAGAUGCCGAUGCACAGGGGCCCUCGCCCCUGGACUGGGCGUUCCACGUCCUGAGCGUCCCGUGGAGGCUCGCCUUCGCCGUGGUGGUCCCGCCGCCGCAGUUCGCGGACGGCUGGUUGUGCUUCGUGAUGUCGCUGUUCGGGCUUGGCGGCCUCACCGCCUUCAUCAUAGACUUUGCCGAGCUGCUUGGCUGCGUGACCGACAUAUCGGACUACGUGACCGCCAUCACCGUGGUCGCCCUUGGCACCUCCAUGCCAGACCUGUUUGCCUCGCGCACGGCCGCGGUGAAGGAGGAGACUGCCGACGCGUCCGUCGUCAACGUCACGGGCAGCAACUCCGUGAACGUCUUCUUAGGCAUCGGCCUGCCCUGGAGCAUUGCAGCGCUGUACUGGCGGGCGAAGGGUCAGGAGUUCGAGGUGCCAGCCGGGGACCUCGCGUUCGGUGUGGUGGUGUUCACUGUCGCCGCCGUCGUGGCCCUCGCGCUGCUGGCCGUGCGCCGGAGGCUGUGUGGCGGCGAGCUGGGAGGCCCGUACGUCGGAAAGAUGCUCUCUGGGCUUCUCCUGGUGCUCCUCUACGUUUUCUACGUCGCGCUCAGCAUCUGGAAGGUCAUGGCCGGGGACGUGGGGUUGGGCCAGCAGGCGCUCGCGGUGGCGGGAGGGCUGUUCGUGCUGGAGAACGUCAUGCUGGUCCUCGGGUCCGCGGCGCUCCUUGUGCGGCGAGCCCGGCUGCCGGCCGCUCCGCAGGGCGGCGUCGGCGCCGCGCCCCUGGUGGCGGUCUCCGCGGAGGUCAUCGGGAACGUGGCCCAGCCCGCCUCCCCGGAGGCGCAGGACCUGGCGGUGCUGCUGCACCGAG